AUGGGUUCUAUCUCCACGUUCGCCGUUGAAGACGUCAAGAUCGUUGGCUUUACUGUCACGGACUUGCGCUUCCCGACUUCGCUAGACGGCGUCGGUUCAGAUGCUAUGCAUGUCGGUACCAACGGUUCACACCCUUAUGUUCGGCUGCUCACCAACACGCCUGGCCUUGUUGGUGAGGGUAUUGCCUUCAGCAACGGACGUGGUAGCGAGUUGGUAUGCAUGGCGCUAGAGAUCUUUGCGCAGCGGGUAGUCGGGAAGACCAUGAAGCAGCUCACAAACAACAUGGGCAAGACCUUCCGCUACAUGGUCUCGGAUUCGCAAUACCGUUGGGUCGGGCCAGAGAAGUCCGUGACGCAUCUAGCUGUUGCGGGUGUGCUCAAUGCGGUAUGGGAUCUCUGGGGCAAGAUUGUGCAGAAGCCAGUCUGGCAGAUUGUCUGCGACAUGACUCCAGAGGAGAUUGUGCGCUGCGUGGACUUUCGGUACAUCACGGAUGUCAUCACACCAGAAGAGGCCGUUAAUCUGCUAAAGUCCACGCAGAAGGGGAAGCAGGGCCGCAUGCGCGAGGCCCUCGAGAACCGGGCUGUCCCUGCAUACACGACGAGCCCUGGAUGGCUCGCCUUCAGCGGAGACCGCAUGAAGGAAGUGCUCCACGAGACCAUCGCCCAAGGUUUCAAAGUUUUCAAGUUCAAGGUCGGCACGAGCGUCGAAGCUGAUCGGGCCCGCCUCUCAGCAGUGCGUGAGGUGCUGGGCUAUGAUAAUGACUUCCAGAUCAUGAUUGAUGCCAACCAGGUCUGGAGUGUGCCUGAGGCAAUCGAAUACAUGAAACAGCUUGUUGAAUUCAAACCGGUUUUUAUCGAAGAGCCGACCAACCCUGAUGACGUCCUCGGCCACGCCACAAUCCGGAAGGCCUUGGCACCCUACGGCGUCGGCGUUGCCACUGGCGAGGCGGCCCAGAAUCGGGUGACCUUCAAGCAACUGCUCCAGGCUGAGGCAACUGAUGUUGCGCAGAUCGAUGCCGUUCGGCUCGGCAGCGUAAAUGAAUGUCUGUCGGUCAUGUUGAUGGCCCUGAAGUUCAAUGUUCCCUGCGUGCCGCACAACGGAGCCAUGGGUCUGACCGAGUUGACGUCGCACCUAAGCACCAUCGACUACGUCGCCAUUAGCGGUCGACGCUCCAUGCUUGAGAAUGCCGAUAGCCACCGCGAAAACUUGCGCCAUCCUUCACGCAUCGAGAAUGCACACUAUGUAACACCUCUCGACCCGGGAUACUCGACGGGAUAUACCGAGGAGGCCCUCGAGAAGUACACGUAUCCUAAUGGUAGCUUUUGGAGUAGCGAUAUCGGUCUUAAGAUCAUUGCAUCGCCGACCGGUGGUGAGGGUCUAUUAGAUGAGGAGUAG